AUGAGCAUUAGAUUAGCUGACCGCUCAUUUCAAUAUCCGUUAGGCAUAGCUAAAAAUAUGUUGAUAGAAGUUGGAUGUUUCAUAUUUCCAGUUGAUUUUGUUAUACUUGAAAUGGACGAGGAUAGUAAAGUACCAUUAAUCUUAGGGAGACCUUUUCUAUACAUUGCUGAUGCAAUAAUUCGUGUAAACGAUAAGGAAUUGACCUUAGGUGUUGGAGAUGAUAGAAUGGCCUUUACUAUUGAUAAAGCAAUGAAACACUCAUAUUCUACUGAUGAUACAAGCUUUCGCAUUGAUGUGAUUGACGAACAUGUGAAUGACUACACGCAGGAAUUAAUAGAGUUCGUUGAUAGCAUCUGGGAGAAUUUGAAGAUGAAGAAGAUGGAGAUGUGA